AUGAACAUUGAUAAUAUCAACCAAAGUUUAUCUAAUUUGGCCUUGGAAAUGGUUUCAUCUCAUGAUGAUUUUCAGCCUAAUACCGAGUCUUCUCAAAUGGUCUUGACUAAUGAAAAUGAUAAUACACAUAUUAAUACAGAUGAAGAUAAAAUUAUUAAUUCUCUUGAAUUAUCUAAAUCAAAUUCAAAUUCAAAUUCAAAUUCGACUUCAACUGAAAGAAUCGAUUCAUCCAAGGCAAAUUUUUCCUAUUAUGAAAAUCAACAAUUAAUGGAUCAAAACUCUAAAGAAAUUGCUAAUGAUAUCUCAAUUGUUAGUGAUGGUCUAUUCAAACAACCUUAUGUUAACACAUCUACUACCUCAUCUAACCGAAGCUCCAAAUCAAGGGCAUUAUCAGCAGGUGCCCAGAACACUGUUCCAGAAGUCAGAAAAUAUAGCAAUGAUUCAACAUCUAAUGAGUUUGUUUCAAACAACUUGAUUACAAAACCUAGUUACAAGAUGGGUAUGUUAGCUGAAGAUGCAGAACAACAAUUCUUAGAGGAUCCAUCCCCCGAAUUAAUUGAUUUGUAUUCCAAAGUGGAAGAUUGUAGGCAACUCAGAUAUAAAUACCAGUUUUUGUCUUGCCAGUAUAACCAUCAAAAUCCAAAAAAUAAGGAGUCAUGGCAAAUUUAUCCACCACCGCCAAAACCAUCAUAUAAUGCCGAAACUAAGACCGUGGUUCCUGUAGUAAAUUUACCAGAUAGUGAGGUUUUCGAUUUUGAUCAUUUUGAGAUUCCAGGGGAAGACACUGAAUGGGAUUAUUGUGUUAAUAAUGAUGAUACAUUUAUCGUUCAUAAAAGUGGUUCAGAAGAUGAUGUUAUUGCUCAUGUUCCAACUUUACGUGAUUAUUAUUUGGAUCUAGACAGGUUGGUUUCAAUAUCAUCUGACGGUCCUGCAAAGUCUUUUGCCUUUAGAAGAUUGCAAUAUUUAGAAGCCAGGUGGAAUUUAUACUAUUUGUUAAAUGAAUAUCAAGAAACUAGUGUUUCUAAAAGAAAUCCACAUAGAGAUUUCUAUAAUGUAAGAAAAGUGGAUACCCACGUUCAUCAUUCUGCAUGUAUGAACCAGAAACAUUUAUUAAGAUUUAUUAAAUAUAAAUUAAGACAUAAUAAGGACGAAAAAGUUAUCUUCAGAGAUGGAAAAGUAUUGACCUUGGAUGAGGUUUUCCGUUCCUUGAAUCUAACUGGAUAUGAUUUAUCUAUUGACACUUUGGAUAUGCAUGCGCAUAAGGAUACUUUUCACAGGUUUGAUAAAUUUAAUUUGAAAUAUAAUCCAAUCGGUGAAUCACGUUUAAGAGAAAUCUUUUUAAAGACUAAUAAUUAUAUUGAUGGUUCAUAUUUAGCAGAUAUUACCAAACAAGUAAUUUAUGAUUUGGAAAAUUCUAAAUAUCAAAACUGUGAAUAUAGAAUCUCUAUAUAUGGUAGAUCGAUGGAUGAAUGGGACAAAUUAGCUGCUUGGGUUAUUGAUAAUAAGAUUAUCUCUCAUAAUGUCCGUUGGUUGAUUCAAAUUCCAAGAUUAUAUGAUGUUUAUAAGAAAAGUAAUCUAGUAGCAAACUUCAAUGAUGUUUGCAAAAAUCUUUUCCAACCGUUAUUUGAAGUUACCAAAAAUCCGCAAUCGCAUCCAAAAUUACAUGUUUUCUUACAAAGAGUGAUUGGUUUUGACUCUGUUGAUGAUGAAUCUAAAGUGGAUCGUCGUUUCCAUAAGAAAUAUCCAAAACCUUCUCUAUGGGAUUCUGUACAAAAUCCGCCAUAUUCAUAUUAUAUAUAUUACUUAUAUUCAAGUAUGGCUUAUUUAAAUCAUUGGAGAGCAAAGAGAGGAUUUAACACUUUUGUCUUAAGGCCACACUGUGGGGAGGCUGGUGAUCCUGAACAUUUAGUGUCUGCUUACUUAUUAGCUCAAGGUAUAUCACACGGUAUAUUAUUAAGAAAAGUACCUUUUGUCCAAUAUUUAUACUAUCUGGAUCAAGUUGGUAUUGCCAUGUCACCAUUAUCGAAUAAUGCAUUAUUCUUAACGUAUGAUAAAAACCCAUUCCCAAGAUAUUUCAAGAGAGGUUUAAAUGUCUCUUUAUCAACUGAUGAUCCAUUACAAUUUUCUUAUACUAGAGAACCUUUAAUAGAAGAGUACUCUGUAGCAGCACAGAUCUAUAAAUUAUCAAAUGUUGAUAUGUGUGAAUUAGCAAGAAACUCUGUUUUACAAAGUGGAUGGGAAGCCCAAAUUAAGAAACAUUGGAUCGGCAAGAAUUAUGAAAAAGAAGGUAUUAAAGGAAACGAUGUUGUAAAAACAAAUGUUCCGGAUAUUAGAAUCAAUUAUAGAUAUGAUACACUAUCAACAGAACUAGAAUUGGUUCGCCAUUUUGCUCAAUUCAAACAUCAAGGAUAA